UACGUGAGGCAGGCGCUCCGGUUUCCUGGCGGAGAAGAUGGCGGCUCCUGGACCGGGGGAGUAUUUCAGCGUCGGGAGCCAUGUCUCUUGCCUCACCUGCUUGGGCCAACGACUUAAUGGAGAAGUGGUCGCGUUUGAUUACCAGUCCAAGAUGUUAACUCUGAAAUGUGCUUCCUCCAGCGGUAAGCCAAACCUCAAUGACGUCAUCCUGAUCAACUUAGCCUAUGUUUCUGAUGUGGACAUAAUAAAUGACCGCACUGAGACCCCUCCUCCUCUAGCAUCUCUGAAUGUUAGCAAGCUUGCCAAUCGAGCACGGACGGAAAAGGAGGACAAGCUGUCCCAAGCCUAUGCAAUCAGUGCUGGGGUUUCUGCAGAGGGCCAACAGCUAUUCCAGACUAUUCACAAAACCAUCAAAGACUGUAAAUGGCAGGAGAAGAACAUUAUUGUGAUGGACGACGUCGUAAUCUCACCGCCUUACCAGGUCGAGAACUGCAAGGGCAAAGAGGGAAGCGCUUUAAGUCAUGUACGCAAAAUAGUUGAGAAACAUUUUAGAGACUUGGAAAGUCAGAAGUCCAUGCAACGUUCACAAGCACAGCAAACACAGAAGGACUCCACUUUAUCUUCUUGAGUCGGCAGUGCGGCUCGGCCGGGAGGCGAUGAGGCGUCCUGUUCCCACUGCCAGACCAAGUCGGCAUUCCUUGUCCUCAGUCUGAGACCACAAGGGGGAGCACUGAGGGCCCUGGAUCCUGAAGAUCAAAAUACCAAUAAAUGAAAAAGACAAAAAAGAAAGAGGAUUAAAAUCUUAAAUUAGACUUUAUAAAGAAUAAUUUAAACAUGAACCAUAAAGCCACCAUAGUUUCCUUGACUAACUUGUCUCAUCUGCCCCAUUCCUCCCCCUCUCCCUGACGCCUUUUCUUUUCCGCCCUCCUUCCUUUGCCUUCAGGUCCAUUUCAAAAAGAGAAAACUAGAGCAGUCAGAAAGGCUUGUUAGCUUUAUUUUCUGUCAUUGUUUCCUUUUUUUGCUGUAUCCAUGUUCUACUGUCUGUAUUUUCUGUAUUUUAAAACAAAAUGUGACUUGAAACGCCACACUUUAAAGGACAUUUUCUAAAAUAAAAGUAACAAAAAUUCUGACUGUAA